AUGUCCUCUAACCAGAGCGGAUCAGGUCGCGCCGAUAACGAAGACUUGGAGGCUUCUGGCCUAUUCGAUGUCAGCCACGUUACCGCCCUGGUCACUGGGGGAGGCACAGGCAUGGGGUUGAUGAUUACCCAAGCCCUCGUCAGCAAUGGCGCGAAAGUCUACAUCACUGGUCGCAGGGAGGAUGUAUUGGAGAACACAGUCGAGAAGUACGGCCAAGGCCCAGGCAGCCUCCAUCACAUCGUUGCCGACGUGUCCAAGAAAGAUGAGGCUAUCCGGCUUGCCAAAGAGAUAGAGCAGAAAGAGCCAGAGGGCAUACAAUUGCUAGUCAACAAUGCUGGCAUAGCGCGCGAUGACCAUACCAAGUUCUCCAGCGCUGGUCAACCCGAGAUGUCGGACCCCAAAGCGAUCUCAGAGCAUUUCCUCAAGACGGAGGAGCAGCAGUUCAUGGACACUUACCGGACGAAUGUGAUGGGACAAUAUUAUAUGGCAAUGGCUUUCUUGCCUCUGCUGGCCAAGGGCACCACUAACACACCAGGCUACUCAUCAUCUGUCGUAUACGUCAGCUCGAUUUCUGGCGCGAUGAAGGAUAGCAGCAUGGGACAGUUUGGAUACGCCUCCUCGAAGGCAGCCUCGACACAUCUAUCGCGAAUGCUGGCGACAACUUUCGCUGGUGUCAAAGUCCGUGUGAACGUCAUUGCCCGGGGUGUCUUCCCCAGCGAAAUGACGACUGGAUCCAGUGGAAGUGACAACAAAUCUGAGAUGGAUAUGAACAGUCAGAACCCUGCUGGAAGGAAAGGCCACGACAGUGACAUGGCGGCAACGAUUCUGUUUUUGGCUGGCAGAGGCGGCGUGUGGUAUAACGAUCAGAUCCUCUACCCUGAUGGUGUUGAACGUUUGGAAAGGUAA